AUGGAUCGGAGAGUCGCCUACAUUAUCAUUGCCUUGGUGGCAGCUAUUCUUUUCUUCGUGGCGAUAGGAUACAACGGUUGGGGAUGCGGAGAUGGCAUUCUUGGGCCUAAUUGCCUCCGAAGCAAGGUGAAUGAAGUAACCGGUGCCCUUCUCCUCACCGCCGGUUUACUCGUCCUCAUCGCGGUCGUCUUCCUCAUCCUCCUCGUGGCUACAGAAACCAGCUGGAGCGAGAUUGCCUCCACUGUCAUUGCCACCCUCGCUGCAAUCAUAGCCCUCGCCGGGGUUUUCUACUACCUUGAUCACAGACAAAUCUGGUCACCCUUCAUUGCCACUAUUGCCAUGUCUCUCACUGUCGCGCUGGCGGCAAUUCUACUGUUCGAUCUUAUCACCAGCAAUACCUAA